ACCACCACGGGCACCGUCUCACCACCAAUAGUACCACUGUCGUUGCUACAUUUACCACCACCACCAUCAUCACUAUCACUACCAUCACCACUGCUAGUACCCCAUCUAGUAGCAGCAGCACCAGCAACAACGAGGAAGGGUGGUUAUGGCAGAAUCUCCAUCCCUCGACUGUGUUCUACCCCUUCUCUAUUUCUCGUCCUUUCCCUCUCUCUCUCUCUCUCUCUCUCUCUCUCUCUCUCUCUCUCUCUCUCUUUCUCUUUACUUCUCGACUCGCCCCUCUACAACAGACGUACGGCAACCCCGGCGUUCAGUGCUGGCGCUUCCUCCGUACAAGUCGUGUUGCGAGUCUGGACCAGCAGUCUCUAUCUUUCUCUCUCGAAUUCGAAAGGAACAUUCGUGAAAUAGAUCACCAGGAAUAUGCGCAACACCUCGAAAGUAACGAAAGCCCCCGGCGAAGACACGAGAACAACGACGAAGCUAUCAGCCUUCCCCAUUCCCACCUUCUCUUCGUUCUCAUCUUCCCUUCUGCGAGAAGGAAAGGCUGUCACAUUGCCGGGACACGAGUGAACCAUGUUCCAGGAAAGCUCGUGGCAUCUCGAGGAUUCCGAUUAUGAGCUAACGGACAGAGUGACUUGCUGUGAACCGGCAUACGCCUACGACCGAAGAUAUCUACAGAAGUACUGUGAGAUCCUGUCUGUAGGGAUACGCGGUCCAUAUCCGGCCCGCCAUCUUGGCGGCAUGGUCCUUUGGGCCAGUAUACUAUUCCUGCAGGGAGCUGGCCUCGCGGGCUCGAUGACGAGCGGUAUUCCGGGAGUUCCGGAAAAUAUAACGGUGAUGUUCCUAAACCCGACGUCCGUCCGUGUUUCUUGGAGCACCAGCCAGGUCGAGCAAGUUGAAAAGUACGACGUUACGUAUAAACCGACGGACGCCAGUUACAGGGUGGUGGCGGUGGUCGCAGGAAAUAGCGAAGCAGUUACGUUAAGUGGUUUAAGGGCCGACACGCAGUACCAACUAGUAGUCACUGCCGUGAGAGCAGGGAAAAAGUAUAGAAGUCGACCAAUCGUCUUCCGUACGCUCGAACCUCCGCGGUCCUUUCCCCAGCAGGAUGCAGCAGUAACAAAUGGACCACUUCCUCCGUCUCCGCCGUCUUCUCAGCAGCCGCAACCUUACAUACAAAUACGAGGCGUCGAAGUUGGUAUAGUUAUACUGGUGCUGAUAGUCUGGGCCGGUGCUAUAGCUCUCUUCUUUAAUCGUUGGGGUAAAAUUCGCAUGUUGUUGCCGUAUCAACCGGAUUACAAGGAACAAUUGAAAGUUCCUGGUACCGGCGUUUGUACGGCGACCAAUACGGCGUAUCCUCAACAUUCGACUCAGCACACGUGUUCCCAGCAUCAGCACUGGUCGAGUCAUCACGUGGACUCUUUGGACAGUGGCAGUGGUUUAGGUUGGCCAAGACCGACAAGGCCACGUGUCAAUAGUGCCAUCGAUGUCGCUGGCUUCCUUUCACAGGAAUUCCUCCGACGACAUGGGUCCACGUCAAAGUUAUGUCGAAAGGUUCGCAGUGCGGAUAAUUUGCCAUUGGCCUCGGCGAAUCGCCAAACUCAUCAACGAAGAAGUUCAAGAAGUGAGGGAAACGAAGGAGAUCGAGAAUCUUUUUUGAAACCUAGUCAAGAAGAUCAAGAAAGAUAUGAAACUACGAGCCCAAAAAGACAAAGCAGUCCUGAAAGUGGUUCCAAAGAUCUCACUGAGACAUCUUUGCUGGACUCGAAUUAUCAGCAACCAUCGUCGAGGGACUCGCCGGUACCACCGACGACGACGACAUCAUUGGUAGCGAAACGAUUCAGUGGUUGGCGCGUACCAGGAAGUCACGAAUACGUCAAAUGUCCUAUUCAACAGCCUGUCUCGAUGGACGAACGAUGUUAUCGACGGUCAUGCGAGCCAGAGAGCGGUCUUUUGUCGAGGCAUCAUCAUCAUCGGCAUCACCAUCAUCAUCGUCUUGAUGGCGAACACUAUUCGAAGAGUUACGAUUAUGCCAGACGUACUCCAGAAUCUAGCAUAGACGUGAAACACUUUGGACUGCCGAUUUUGAGCGUGAGCGAGCCCAGCCCACCGGAUGAGGAUGGUCGAGUCGAUGAUUAUUUGUAGGACUUGCUUGCCGAGGAUUUCCUCAAGGAACUCCUCGUAUGAUACCACCAUCUCUUUCUCUCUCUCUCUCUCUUUCUCUCUCCCCCUCUGCCUCUCUCUCUCUCUCUGUCUCUCUCUCUCUGUCUCUCUCUCUGUCUCUCUCUCUCUCUCUCUCUCUCUCUCUCUCUCUCUCUCUCUCUCUCUCUCUCUCUCUGUCUCUCUCUCACUCUUUCUAUAUAUCUUAAGUGAGCAACAUGUUAUUACACGAGUAGCCACAAAUAUAAUAUCGUUUGAAAUGAUACACGGCUAUAAGUAAAUAUGUACCGAUGUGAAUAUAAUUUCACAUGGUAUAAUGAAAAAAAUUAGAGGUUAUAAAAUUAGAAAAAAAAAUAUCGCAACUAAUUCGAUUAUAUUGCAUGAAAUAAAAAAAUUUAGGGAUGGAAAUAUUUAUAAAAAUUAUUUCGAAAUAAUUUACGAUCUAAAUGAGAAUAUCAAAUAACAAGGUUGCUCCUCGUCUCUAUAUUAUAUGUAUAUUUCUCUUGAUUUCUUCAUUACUUGAAACACGAUCGUGUUUUUCAAGAUCAAGUUUAACGUUCUCCCUUCGAAGAUAAAAAAAGAAUCGAUUUUUCUUAAGAAAUGAUAAAUAAGUGUACGAUCGAUUCAUCUUGAUUAGUAUUUCAAUAAUGUUAGGUCGAUCUAUUUGAUGAACCGUUCGUGUAUGUUUGAGGUACUAUAAAUAAUUAGGACAAAUAUUUAAGACAAACUUGGCACCGUGUUUUCGUCAUCGUGGAACAAACAUGAAAGAAUAGUUAUACAUAUAUAUAUAUAUAUAUAUAUAUAUAUAUAUAUAUAUAUAUGACAUCAUUUUAAUAUUUAUAAUAUAUAUAUAUAUAAUAUAUAUAUAUAUAUAUAUGUAUUAUUACAUACAAAUUAAUAUAUAAUUAUAAAACUUCAAAAAAAGAAGCCAAGAUAGUACUUCUCGUAAUUCAUUCGAAUUCAAUUAAAAAAUAAUUUUGUCCACGAGGAUAAAACAUCAUAGCUGUUUUUCGAUUAAAAAAAAAAGUAGAAUCGCACGACAACGACGACGAACGAAAUGUCUAUGGGCGUCCAAUCGCAUCACUUUCGUUCGAAGAUAAAAAAAUGGAUUUUAUUCUUCGGAAAUAAAGGAAAAAAAAAAAGAGGAAAAAUGAGGGAAGAGAGUCUCAUUUUCGCGAAAUGAUAAUUAAGGGACCAUGAUCGGUCGAAUCGAAAUGUACACAUAUUAACUUAUAGACGUAUCAUACUACGAUCAAAGUAGAUAUCACUUUGAGAUAUGAUAUCGAGUUAAAGAAGAAAAAAAGAAACAUAAGACAUAUAAAAGAGAAAUAUAAAGGAAUGUUAACAUGUAAGGAAACAUACAUAAUACGUAUAUACAUAUGUACAAGAUGAUGAAUCGUGAAACGUGAAUAUCUUAACUUAUUUUAUUAUUAAUUUAAUAUGUUUUUGCAUCUGCAUUGAGAAAAAUCAAAAUUUGAGAGAGGGAGAUGAGGAUAUAUAAAACAUUUAUUUUAAUUAAUUUCUUCAUAAAUCUUUGAAAAAUUUAUUUAAAUAAUUUCAUAAUCUCCCCGCUCUUCCUUUCUCAGUAAAAUUUUUUAAUUAUUUUAUUUGAAAACAAAUUAGUCAUGAAAAUUUACUUAAAUACUUCCCGAUCUCGGCGCUUAAAACACGCGGUCUCGGUAAUUUAAUAUAACAAAUUAAUUUUCAAGAAUAAAAUCUCGAUCGAUCGAUUAUCGAUUAAAUGCUCACGUGACACGACUCAUCCGUUUGUUCGUAUACACAUGCAUACGACAAGUAUCCUUGUAUGUAUAUAUAUAUAUAUAUAUAUAUAUGCGUACGAUCUUGCAAAAUAACGAGAAGCGUGUGCUAAAAGCUUCGUCGCGACGUGUCCUUGAAUUUCUUGAUUGCAAAUCGAUCGCGACGACUUAUCAGAAUUCGUUAUUACGUUGGAACGAUGCGAGGAUACUAUCGAACGCUACGGUGUGUGUAUGUGUGUAUGUACGCUUGAAUAUGUAUGCGUGGUGUAUAUUUGUGUCCUACGUACGCGCGUACUCAUAUUCGUUUCAUUGCAAUGAAAUAAGCCAACGCAAAAAAAAAAAAGAAAAAAAGACGAGAUAAUUGAUUUCCUUUUCAGUGAAUAACAAAGAGCUGCCUCGGCACAAUU